CAAACAUUUGUAUUUCGAGUCUACACUUAUAUUUUAUAACAGUUUGAUAUAUUAGAUUUGAGCAUUAAUCUGUGAAUAGGGUUUGCCGAUGAAUUUCAAAAUUUUGAUUCUUAGAUAUGUAUAUCGAGUGGAACUAAUUUUUACAGAUGUUCAUUUUUUUUUAAAUUGACAUUUAUGUAAUUCAUCGAAUUCACAAAAGAAGUUAAAAAGGAGCAAAACUCAUAUCAGUGAAACAAAAACGAAAACGAAAGCACGAUUUUAUAGAUUUAGAAAAUGAAAUCACUUAUGAAGAAUAGUAAACAAAUCUAGACUAGAAAACCUAAUUCUCUUUCGCCAUUUUACAAUCGAAGUUGGCUUUAUAGAUUUUGGUGUUUCGUGUCAUCCACAAAACUUAAUUUCUUUCUGUGCAUAUAAACUCUCAGAAGGAUUAUCAUCUAGUGGACAUUAAGAAAUGAUAUUAUGUAUUAAUAGUAUAGAUGUAGCAUUUAAUUAUUAUCCAAAAUAUAUUAUUUAACAUGUUGAUUUUUAUGUCCCCACAUAUUAAUCCCAUUUAAUACUAGGCCUUAAAUAUAUUUGAUUUUAUUCGUGAUAUGCGAUUAAUUUUUAGAUUCCUUAAUUGUACAAUGCAAAUCACAUUUAGAUGCAUAUGACAAAACAAGUCAAUUUGUGCUGAACUAAACACUGCGGGAGCUUUCUUUGGUCUAAUCUAAAAGCAGGUCUUAUGUUUUGAGAUAUAUUGCGAGAGUGUGGUUUGGUCCAAGUUACCCAUAUUUUCAUUACUCACAGCUAUCUCUGUCUCUUCCUAUUGCUUUCAGUUUAGCAGAUUCAGCUCCAGAAACACAACAAAGAACCCUAGUUGUCACAUUAUCAUAUCAAAAGGAAAACUAUUAUUACGUCUCAGACUUGUACUCCUCUUUCACAUUCUUGAGUUUUUUUUUUUUGGUGUACGAAAUGGAAGAGAUGAAAGAAGUUAGAUAGGAUUCAAAUACUCUCAUCUAGAUGUUUUUAGCUUUGCUCUUCUGUUUUAGUGACGAGAAUUGUAAAUUGAAACCUAGAGAUUUAGGACUAUAAUUCUCGACUUGUACAUAACCCGUUUUAAAAUUUGCGUUUUAGUGUGUUGUGCUGAUUGUUUGUCUAAACUCUGGAACGAAAUUUUUCAGUGAAGGAGAACAAUCAUAUAUAAGUUGUUGCAGCUUGGAGGAUAUAGUCAGAAGUUGUCGUGCAUGUGUGUUCGAGUUUGUGAUUUAGAGUCAAGAAGCUAAAGAUAUAUAAACGGUUGUUGCAUUCUCAGGUAAACAAACUAUGUAUCAAAGGAUUUUCUGCAUCUAGAAUGAAAAGUUUCUAGAACUAACUUGCCCAUAGCUUAUAUAACUUUAUGAAAUGUUAAUUUACAGAAGAAGUGAUGGUGAACGUUAGAAAGUUUGUGACUUCUCGUCCAAUAUUUGUCUUCUUCCUCUUGGCAUUUCUGGUGAUUGUUUUCGGGUGCAUACCGGUCACGAUUUGGUUCAGAACAACUAAGAACGUAACAGACGGCAUUGUUUUUUGCACUGAAGGCCUCCGGUCAAGUCUAGUUUCUGAUAUUGAAAACAUCGGAAAAUUUACCUACCAGAAGACCAGUUCAUCUACCACCGGUUUAGCCAACAUUAUAGAUUCUUAUCUCACAAACAAUGAUACUCAUUUCAAAAAGAUUCAAACACAGGUCGCACCGGUGUUGUUUAAAGCUUAUUUAACGAUCCCUCAAGUCUCACAAGUUUCGUACAUUAGCACGGACGGUCUCUUGUUUUCUUACAAAACAGAACUGAACGCAAGUGUCGCUGUCUUUGCCAACUCUUCAAGCGGUAAAGGAGACCACACUUGGUACACUCAAACCGUCGAUCAGAUAACCGGUCGUCUUACCGGGAAUGCAAAGAAAUCUAAGCCUGUGGAUGUAACCCAUAAAGACUGGUUCCAAGCAGCGCAGAGAAACCACACUACCGCCUUUGUGGGACCUGGUUUGGGAGGAGAAGUUAAUGAGGCUACGUUUCAGAGCGUCGUUAGCUUGUACAGCAAGAAAGGAGCUGUUUCAUUAGGGUUUCCGGUUAAAACGUUAAUCGAUUCUUUGAACCGUUUGGAUCUAAAGGGUGGAGAGCUUUACUUGUGGACCAAGGAAGGGACCUUGAUUGUUCCUGGAAGAUCACUAAAUGCUACUUUCUUCAUCUCCAAUGGCUCCAUUUGCUUCGGUAGAGAAUCGUCUCAUUGCAUCCCCGGAAACUGUAGUUCUCGUGGUUACCAAGUGGAGAUCGGAAGAUUGAAAUUCCAAGCUUUUUGCUCUGUUCUUGAAGUUUCCGGCGUACCUCUGAGAUACACACUCAUGUUUCCCAACAAAGAAAGGGGACCAAGCAUCGGGAGCGCAUCGCUAUAUCUUCUUGUUGCAACAACGUUGUUGGGCUUGUGCUGGCCUCUAGGUUUUGUGGCGUGUAUGGUGAACGCAGCAGGAAGAGAGAUGCAUAUGCGUGCAACAUUGAUAAAACAAAUGGAAGCAACACAACAGGCCGAGAGGAAAAGCAUGAACAAGAGUCAAGCCUUUGCAAGAGCUAGCCACGAUAUAAGAGGUUCCCUUGCCGGGAUUACUGGUCUGAUUGAUCUAUGUCAUGAAUCUGAAGAAGUUAGACGUGGGUCUAACUUAGAGUCUCGUCUUAAGCUAGUGAAUGGCUGCACCAAGGAUCUGCUUGAUUUGCUUAACUCUGUUUUGGACACGAGCAAAAUCGAAAGCGGUAACAUGCAGUUAAAGGAAGAAGAGUUCAACCUAGCGAAACUUGUGGAAGACGUCAUUGAUUUUUUUCAUCCCGUGGCGAUGAAGAAAGGGGUUGAUGUGGUUUUGGAUAUGCACGAUGGCUCGGUUUUCAAAUGCUCUAACGUGCGAGGAGAUGGUGGAAAACUGAAGCAAAUCCUCAACAAUCUUGUCAGCAAUGCGGUCAAGUUCACGGUCGAGGGACACAUUUCGAUCCGAGCUUGGGCUCAGAGGACCAGUUCCAAUGUGAUCCUUGCACCGGACAAUGAAGGAGGUUUAUCAAAGUUUUCAAAGAAGAGUAAAGAUCAGGCCGGGUCAAUGUCAAAUUCAAUAAGAAACAAUGGGAACAUGAUGGAGUUUGUGUUUGAAGUGGAUGACACAGGAAAAGGGAUACCAAUGGAGAUGCGUAAGUCGGUGUUUGAGAACUAUGUUCAGGUAAGAGAAACAGACCAAGGACAACAAGGAACUGGAUUAGGACUUGGGAUUGUGCAGUCUCUGGUAAGGUUAAUGGGAGGGGAGAUAAGAAUCAUUGACAAGGCCAUGGGAGAGAAGGGAACAUGUUUUCAGUUCAACGUUUUAUUGUCGGCAGCAUCAGAGUCUCAGGUGAGUAGACAGGACACGGAAGAAGGAGAACACAUGCCUUGGGCUAUUAAAACUUCAUCGGGAGGUAGCAUGAGCAUACGGAACAUGAGCCCUAGGUUACACAACUGGCUCAGCUCAAGUCCAAAGCAAGAAAGGUCUCGAGUGGUUCUUCUGAUGAAAGAUGGAGAACGUAGAAGGGUUACAGAGAAACACAUAAAGAGUCUUGGGAUAAAAGUCACAGUGGUCAAAAGAUGGGAACAUUUGAUUCAUGUCCUAGAGAGGGUUUCUGGGUUUUCACGUCAGGGUUCCAUGGGAAGAAACGAAUCAUUAAGCUCAAGCUCAAGGGAGUUGCCUUUGAUUGGCAUGGAUGGGAUUGAUUCAAGAAGCCAGACUCCUAAAAGAACAAGGCAUGGUUUCUCUCCAGCUCUCCUUGUGGUGAUUGAUGCGGAAACAGGACAUUUUCCUGAGCUGUACGACAUUGUUGAACAGUUUCGCAGAGGCUUGCACCAUGGUCUUUCCUGUAAAGUUGUUUGGCUUAAUGAUAGGGGACAAGGAAGUGAGAGAGGGGACAUUAGCUGUUCUAAACCCUUGCAUGGAUCAUGUCUCAACCGAGUGCUGAAGAUGUUGCCUGAAUUUGGAGGAACCGAGCCAAAAGAAGACAAACAAGGAGCUUUCAAGCCUAGUGAAGAUGAGUUGUUGAGUGGAAAGAGGGUUCUGUUGGUGGAUGAUGAUCGUAUAACAUCUUCAAUUGCAACAAUAAAGCUGAAAAAGAUGGGAGCCUCUGAGGUCAAACAAUGCUACAAUGGGAAAGAAGCUGUGAGAUUAGUGAGUGAAUGGCUUACACAAAGAGAGCAUGGAGAAGGAGGUUCAUCAGAAGUGCUUCUUCCUUUGGACUACAUAUUCAUGGACUGCCAGAUGCCAGAAAUGAAUGGAUAUGAAGCAACUAGAGAGAUAAGAAAAAUGGAGGAAAAAUAUGGAGGUGGUUUGCAUAUACCAAUUAUAGCUGUAUCUGGACAUGAUCAUGGUUCAACGGAAGCAAGAGAAACCAUACAAGCUGGGAUGGACGCCUUCUUGGAGAAAAACCUGAAUCAUGACCAACUUGCAAAGGUCAUCAGAGAAAUCACAAGCAAGGUUCAGAAUCCAUAAACCGGAUUUUGAUGGAAGAGGGGAGCUAUGGAUGCAAAACCAUCUCCAGACUCCAUCAUCUGAAAUUAUGAUUGGUUUCCAACUUUUUCAAAGUGGGGGGAGUACGCUUCUAUCAGAUUCACUAUUAGCUGGAUGAAUCAUUUAUCAGCAUUCUCAUCUUUCACAAACUUUAGAAAGCAAGCAUCAAGCAUUUCAGGCCGCUUCUCUUUUUUGAUGCCUUGACAUCAGAUUAGUUUAUAUUUUUGAGGCCUUCUCGCCAACUCUUCGGUUCUUGGUUCUCUCUUAUUUCUAAACUCCGAGCUAUCAUUCAUUUUUAUCCGAAAACCUCUUAUCAGCCUGAGAAAAAUAAGAGAGUUAUAGUCAAUAGAUUACCAACA